AAGCGGUCCGGAGUUGGCGACAAGCGGCACUUGUUGCUGGUUCGGCGGAGUUCUGCUGCGGGACGCGGUGGCAGGAGGACUUUUCGGGCAGUUUGGAGGCGCUGUCAUGCGGAGCACGGCGGACGCGGAUCGUGUCGGGGAGGCGAGGAGAAGUUUGGCCACACGUGUCACUCAGACGGGCAACCUGUUGGGGACUCGACCCCACGGCCUUCGUGUUUAAAACUAAUAAGUUGGCGUGUGGGGGCUGUGAAAACCCGCCUUUGCGGCGGUAGACGUGUCUGCUGCGGCGGUUGAUCCGCUUUCCAGUAGUUGGUGUGAGAGUUGGACCCCCCUCCCCCUAUAGAAACCUGUUUACUAUGGCUGCUAAGAUGGGAAAUGAACCGAUGUCUCACCUCAACAGCUCCUCAGCAGGUGUGGAGGCCUCGCUGUACUUCCCCGGACAGAAGCGACCUGGAGAGGAUGGAGUAGGUAACCAGCUUGCAGCAAUGGGGCAUCAGAGGGUAAUAACAGAAGAUUACAAAGUACCUGACAGAAUGGUGGGCUUCAUAAUUGGUCGGGGAGGAGAGCAGAUUACCAGGAUCCAGUUGGAAUCUGGCUGUAAGAUCCAGAUUGCUGCUGAUAGUGGAGGUCUGAUCGAGAGGCCAUGUUCUCUGACUGGGACUUCAGAAAGCAUCGAGCAGGCAAAGAGGAUGCUGGCUCAGAUCGUGGACCGCUGUCGGAACGGUCCAGGUUUCCAUGGUGACGGUGAAGGUGGAGCCUCUGUGCAGGAGAUGCUGAUUCCAGCCAGCAAGGUGGGCCUGGUGAUUGGCAGGGGAGGAGACACCAUCAAACAGCUGCAGGAGCGAGCAGGGGUGAAGAUGAUGAUGAUUCAGGACGGCCCGAUGCCAACAGGAGCUGACAAACCUCUCCGCAUCUCUGGAGACCCCUACAAAGUGCAGGCUGCCAGGGAGUUGGUGUUGGAGGUGAUUCGGGAGAAGGAUCAGGGGGACUUUAGGUCCGGACGAAAUGAUUUCACCGCAAGGCUGGGAGGAACUUCUCUGGAUGUGGCAGUGCCCAGGUUUGCUGUUGGCAUUGUAAUCGGCAGAAAUGGAGAGAUGAUCAAGAAGAUCCAGAAUGACGCUGGGGUCAGAAUCCAGUUUAAAGCAGACGAUGGUAUCAGCCCAGAGCGUGUUGCCAUGGUGAUGGGCCAGCCGGACCGUUGUCAGCAUGCUGUUCAUCUCAUCAAUGACUUAAUCCAGACCGCACAGGAACGGGAUGGUUUUGGUUCUGCUAUGCGUGGCAGUCGAGUGAGGGGUCGUAGUGACUGGACUAUGGGUUCCCCUGGACCGCUACAGGAAGUCACCUACACCAUCCCUGCUGAUAAGUGUGGCCUCGUCAUUGGAAAAGGUGGGGAGACCAUAAAGAGUAUUAACCAGCAGUCUGGGGCUCAUGUGGAACUGCAGAGGAACCCGCCUCCCUCCACCGAUCCAAACACCCGAGUGUUCACCGUCAGAGGAACGCCACAGCAGAUGGACCUUGCCCGGCAACUCAUAGACGACAAGAUUGGAGGCUCAGGGAUUAUGAGCAAUGGAGGUUUUGGAUUCAGUCCCUUCACCCAGGGCCCAGCUGCACACCAGAACUGUGGCAGUGGGCAGACCUUCCUGACUGGAGGCUGGGGAGCGACCUAUCAGACCAGCUGGCAGAGUCCUGCUCAACAAGACCCUGGUCACAGUGUGCCUCAGACAGGCCAAAUGGACUACUCUAAAGCUUGGGAGCAGUACUAUAAGAAGCUAGGUCAGCAGAGUCAGACUCAGAGUGUGAUGACUGACUACAACAAGGCCUGGGAAGACUACUACAAGAAACAAGGUCAGUCGUCCCAGCAGAGUUCAGACUACAGUGCGGCAUUAGCAGAGUAUUACAGACAGCAGGGGACCUACCUGUGGCCCCCAGCACAGCCUCAGAUCCAGGAUCACUAGAGGCUGCUCCCAUUGGCCCCGGCUUUGGAUGGUUGUCAACGACAACAGAAUUGGAGUUUCUAAGCAACGCUCUGACGCUUCCUCCCUCCUUUUGUAGAGACAAACUAAAGAUUAACUGAGAAUCGAGAACUCUUUCUUUCUGUUUUUUAACCUUAAAGUUGAUAUUUUGACGGGCAGAUUUUUGGCCUAGCCUGCGGUCUCUCCACAGUAUAGACCUGCUUUCCUUUUUUGUUUUUUUUUAUCAAACUUGAACUUAAAGAUGUAUCCGUGUGGCUUUGAACAAAAUCCAGUAUAAUCUAUAUUUUGUCUAGUUAUAUUUUCCAAUAAAACGGUAUCAGGCUUAGCAGUCUUGAGUAAAUCAGAUUAUUAUUUUGUCAAUAAUGUUUUAAAGCAUGUGUCGGAUUGUGAUGACUCAGUUGGGUGUUUUUCUUUUUUUUUCUCUUUUUUUUUUACUUUUAGGUAGAAAAGUUUUAAUGGCGUCAAAUCGACUUAUUCAUGUUUUACUGUCGGAGAUAAAGCUGUUUUGUUUUUGGUUUGUUUUUUUACUAAAUCCCUGCUCGCUGUUUGUUGUCGAUCUAAUUUUACUUGUUUAGUCGCCAUCGUGGAGGAGCAAUGAUGCAUUUUGGUUUGAUGAUGAUGAUGAUGAUGAUGACGAUGAUCAUUUCUCACGUAGCUUUCGUGAUUCUUUAGUUUCGAUGACGUGUCGAGGGGUACAGGCUUUCGAGCCGGCGGUCCCUGCGGUCACACAGCCUCGGCAGGACGCGCGCCACACCUCCUCUCACAGGUCUUAGCAAAGACGGCGUGGGUCUGUCGUACCGGGGUGAGUCUGGUCUGCUGGCUGGUCUUCAGUCGCUAGAGGUGUAGACGGCCCGAAGAGACCAGACGGCUUUAAAACCCAGUCCCAGUCCUGGCUCUGGAGUUGAAUUGAAUCAGUGGUUCUGCUUUGUAUGUGUGCCGAUAAUAAUAAUAAUAAUAAUAAUAAUGCUAAUGAGUUCUCCUGUGAAGGGGUCUAUUUAAAUCUGUUUAUCCAAUAUGAAUAUUCAGUUUGUCAAUAAGAGAAAUAUGGUUUAUGUAAAUUUUCACUCUGGCGGGUGCUCUCCAGUUAACUUUGUUGUCUUGUUUAAAUGUUAAAUUUACGUGUUUGUAUCACCAAUUGCAAAGAGAAACUGAGUCUGCUAUAUUCUCAAGACUGCUAGGCUGCCUGUCUCUCUCUCUCUCCCUGUCUCUCUCUCUCUCCCCAUGUCUCUCUCUCCCGUCUGAAAGGCUGCGGGACGCCCGGCCUCCACACGUCCGUCUGGACGGCUGACCCCUCCCACAGCCUUUUAAUGGAGCGACCCCACAGCAAGGAGAGCUGGCCUCGGGGAGUGGAUGGUGAUGUCACUUCCUGUCUGAACGUUAUGACAGAAGCGUCCACUCCUGAUUAGCUCCUCCGAGUGCCCCCCCAACCCCCACCCCUCCUCUCCGUGGGGUAGUUGUGGGUAUAAUGCUGUGUGUUUUGGGGGGGGAGGGGGGCAGAUGUCCCAACUGUAACUCACAGAUUUUUCUAGAUUCUAUUGAGAUAGUUAUGUAUGUAAACCAGUCACAUGACUGUUGGUGGCUGAGAAAGAUGAUGAUGGUUAUGAAUAACAUGAGGGCUAAUAAACAGGCUCAUUCU